CACGAUAACAUUAUCAAAUUUUUAGUUCAUGGGUCGAUGAGCAGAAGAAGACCAUCAACAUAAUUACGGAGUUGUUUACGUCUGGGAGUCUAAGAAAGUACCGUCUGAAACAUAAAAAGGUGGACAUGAAGGCUGUAAAGAACUGGGCCAGACAGAUUCUUCGUGGACUGCAAUAUCUUCAUGGGCAUAAUCCACCCAUUAUUCACAGAGAUUUGAAAUGUGAUAACAUUUUCGUUAAUGGAAAUCAUGGGCAAGUAAAGAUCGGAGAUCUUGGAUUAGCAACUAUUAUGCAGCAGCCUAGUGCCCGAAGCGUGAUUGGGACUCCUGAGUUCAUGGCUCCAGAGCUUUAUGAAGAAGAGUACAACGAACUUGUUGACAUAUAUUCCUUCGGCAUGUGCUUAUUGGAGAUGGUCACAUUUGAGUACCCUUACAGUGAAUGCAAGAACCCAGCCCAGAUUUAUAAGAAAGUCUCUUCUGGGAUCAAACCUGCAGCCUUAGACAUGGUUAAUGAUCCUGAAGUAAAGUUGCUUAUUGAGAAAUGUCUAGCCCCAGCAUCGGAAAGGCCUUCUGCAAGGGAGCUUUUGAAAUAUCAAUUUCUUCAGCACAUUGAUUUAAAAGAGCAAGCCUGCAACUCUCUGCAAUUACCCACUUUAGUGCCCCAAACCUCAAACUUGGAAGGUUCGUCUGUGCACUCUGAUGCGGCUUCUGUUACUCAGGUGAAGUCUGGACCAUUAUCAAUGGACAUAGAUUAUGACUACAAGCAGUCAUCUAUGAGCACUAAUUCGAGGAACAGCAUAAAUACCCACUGCUUUCCAAGCUUGGAAUACGAGAGGUCCAAAAAGAACUAUUCGUUCAGGUUGAAGGGAGACACUGAUGCUAAUUCUAUAUCUCUAGUUCUGAGGAUUGCUGGCCCUGAUGGUCGUGUGAAGAAUGUGCAUUUUAUGUUUUACCUUGACAGUGACACGGCACUUUCGGUGGCCAGUGAGAUGGUGGAGCAGCUAGAUCUCUCUGAUCAAGAUGUCACAUUUAUUGCAGAGUUCAUUGAUUUCCUGAUAAUGAAACUAAUACCUGAGUGGGAACCUUCCGUUCCCCCCUCAGAAAAUGGAACAAACUGUGUCCGGACAGAAUCUAAGGUGCCGGAGCAUGCUCGGUUCUCCGUUGGUUAUUCAUGGGAUGGAGUACAUGGAAGCAGUGCUGUCAAAGGCAUAGAAGAUGUCCUGUCUGGGUCAGAUUUGGAGAAUUAUUGCAUUGAUCUGAGUUCUGUGGAGGGUUCCAUAAAGCGGCAGCAUGAGGAUGGUGCAUUUACAAAACCAGACGAUGCCAUGUCCCAUGGUGGAUUUGAUUCCCCUUCAAGUUCUGCUGCUGCAGCGGACCAGGAAUCCCUUGAGUCAGUUGCCUCUGGGGUCUCAACUGAAUGUUCUAAUGUUGUUGAUUUGGUUCCUGAAACGAGGGAAAACAACGUCGCAGAUGUGGCAAAUUUAGAUUUGUCAGUCUGUAAUUUAAACGAUUUUGCUGAUAUUGCGAACACCCGGAGCUAUGCCUCAUCGUCUUUGGAGGAAGACGAGGAUGAGGAGUUGAAAGCGGAAUUUGAUUUGAUUAGCCAGCAGUACCAGCAAUGGUUUCAGGAACUCUCGAGGCAGCGUGAUGAAGCACUUGAGGAGGCUAGGAAGCGGUGGGCCACAAAGAAUAAACAGCCAGCUGCUUGACGCUAAUUAGCUUGACAUUGAUCAUUGUUUCCCUUAAUUUUCGAGGAAUGUCUUUGAUCAUUUGCUCGAAAAUAAACUUGU